AUACCUGGACACUUUACACAACAUUGACAGAAGAGCACACAAGGUCGAGAUCCAGUCGCGACAUCGCAGAGUCGAGGUUCCACAGUGCUUGGCCAAUCCGAGCGCAGUCUCCGCGAGAAACGUCAUUUGGCGAGUUUGGACUUUUGGACCUACGAUGGUUGUGAACGAAACGAGGAGACGUCUGCUGCGGCAGCUGAACAGUCGCUAUAUAUAUGGACGAUAUCCCCUGUUACACGCCAUAAUUGCCCUCCUUCAGGUGACCAUGGUCUCGAUACUAGUGCGGAAAUUCAAUGCCUACUAUGCGAACCGACCUGUGCUCACGACUAUGAUUACCAACGCCGUUCUUGGUGGUAUAGCAGAUACGGUGGCCCAGACACUCACAGCUUUCCGACACCGCCAACGACAGAGACUUCUGCAUCCAGAGGCAUCGAAGGACGAUUUCUUCUCAAUAGAGAUCCAGGAUUUGGACAAGAAGGUACCUUGGCCGGAAGAUGAUUAUCUGACACCUGUUUCCAAGCGAGGGCCACCUCCCUUCGACUUUGAGAGAUUGACAAGAUUCAUGGCGUAUGGAUUCAUAAUGGCUCCAGUACAGCACAAGUGGUUUGGAUGGCUGUCAAGACUGUUCCCCGUGGAAGGCGGAAAAGGCACAACAAAUGCGCUCAGGCGCGUAGCGCUCGAUCAAUUCAUAUUUGCGCCCUGCGGUCUGGCAGCAUUCUUCACCUUCAUGACUGUCGCAGAAGGCGGUGGCAAGCGGGCUGUGAUGCGCAAGUUUCAGGACGUCUACUUGCCUGCACUCAAAGCCAACUUCAUAGUCUGGCCGUUGGUGCAGAUGCUGAACUUCAGAGUCAUCCCGAUUCAGUUCCAGAUUCCUUUCGUGUCGACUGUGGGUAUCUUCUGGACUGCGUAUCUUUCCCUCACCAAUUCCUCAGAUGAACCGAUAGAGAGCCCAGCCGGCCCACGCUCCCCAGCCGCAUGAGCACUUGAUACGAACUUUCCUUGCUUAUGAUCUCCUACACUUGGCAUUUUGCGCAGUCGAGCUGCAUCAUUGGAACGGGAACGCUACAGUCGGAGACACUCGGGAUGGGUUCGUCUUAGCUUGGCGUCGUUGGGAAGAUCUCGGAUAUUGAGAAUCAGCAUCAGGCGUCUUGAUUUGGGAGCGUAGCCUCGGGAGUGGGGCUUCAUUGUACGUUACGUCUUGCUUAUGAGAACAAGUUCACGAAGACU